AUGGAUAAGAAAGAAAGUAAUAACCACUGUGAUUUUUCUACAGAUUCAUCAUUGAAUAAUUCUUGUGAAGAUAACGAUAUUUUAAACGAAGCAAAUAAGGAAGAAAAUAAUUAUAAUAUCAAUAAUCACAACAUUAAUGAAAGAGAUAUUAGCAAUGAUAAUUUAAAUAUGUUAUAUAAUAAGAAAAAUUAUAAUACUACUACUACUACUACUAAUAAUAAUAACAAUAAUAAUAAUAUUAAUAUUAAUAAUAAUAAUAAUAAUAAUAAUAAUAAUAAUAAUAAUAAUAAUAAUAAUAAUAAUAAUAAUAAUAAUAAUAAUAAUAAUAAUAAUAAUAAUAAUAAUAUUAAUAGUAAUAAUAACAAUAGUAAUAAUAAUAUUAAUAAUAAUAUUAAUAAUAAUAAUAAUAUUAAUAGUAAUAAUAACAAUAGUAAUAAUAAUAUUAAUAAUAAUAUUAAUAAUAAUAAUAAUAUUAAUAGUAAUAAUAACAAUAAUAAUAAUAAUAUUAAUAAUAAUAAAAAUAAUAAAAAUAAUACAAAAAAUAGUAAAAAUACGAUGGAAAAUAAAAUAAAUAAUUUGAAAAAUCAAGUUUUGCAAAAUGAAGUUUUAUUACCAAUAAAGCAAAUGACCUUAUCAUCUAAUUUUUCAAUUAACAAACCGUCACCAGCAAGUAUACCUUAUAUUGAUAAAAAUAAUUUAAAUGAAAUUGCAGAAUUUUCAUUAAAAAAAAAUAGCACAAAUUACAAUUUGGAAACUAAUAACAUGAAUUCUCCAUAUAAGCAAUCUUACAACUACUGUAUAAAUAAAGAUAUAAUGAAUAGCAAUAUGACAUCAAUUAUAAAUUAUCCUAUAAAUAUGUUAAAUUAUAACAAAAACAGUUACAACACAUAUUUUGAUGAUAUAAAUAGAAUGAAUGAUACUUAUACUAAUACUACAAUAAACAAUUCUUGCUCUAACUAUAAUGAUUCUAAUGUUUUAUUAAAUUCAGAAAAUUAUAUAAUUCCUUACAAUUAUUAUAAUUAUUACUGCUCUUCAUAUAUUCCAUCUUAUCCUUUUUUUAAUUAUAGAGACACUGUGAAUAAUAAGCGUUAUUGCGAAACGGAUAUAAUAAAUGAAUUAAAUAAUAAUAAGCCAUUGGAACAUUAUGAUGAAAACAAUAAAAUGUAUUAUAAUUUUAAUAAAUUUAUUUAUCCAUCAAAAUUAUAUUUCAAUGAUAAUAUUAAUAAUAUAUAUCAAGUAGAUUCAAUAUCAAAUACUUUAAAUUGCCCAGAUAAAUUAUCCAGUAAUAUAUUUCCUUAUAAUAUGAAUGAUUAUAAUAAUUUAGUACACCAAGACAGUGAUAAUUUAAGUAAUAGAUCAAGUAUAAAUGCAAAUAAUACUCAAAUAUUUAAUUAUUUCAAUUAUGUUUCCAAUAACAAUUUCAAUAUACAAAGAUAUUUAUCGAAUAAUAAUAAUCAUAAUUCUACUAAUGAUUAUCAGCAAAAUAUAUCUUGUUAUAAUACAUUUAAUUCUAAUUGCUAUUCUUCUGCUUCUAAAACAUAUUUCUGUAAUCAAUUUUUAAAUGACUAUCCUUUGUUUCCGUUAUCUUCUGUUGAUAUGUAUAAUACUGAUAAUACAAAUUUUUCAUCCAAUAACAUAUUUCAUUAUCAAUCAAACGCACAUACAAAUAAUCAAGAUUUCAAAAAAAAUAAAGAGUUGAAAAAUGCAAAUAAUAAUCAAAGUAUUAAUAAAAGAAUUUUGCCAACUAAAAAAAUUAAUUAUACUAAAGAUAAUUAUUCGUCACCUAUAGCAUUUUCUGGAAAUAUCUACAAAAUUGCUAAGGAUCAAACUGGUUGUAGAAUAUUACAAAGGAUAUUAGAGAAAAAAAAUCCUCAGCAUAUAGAAGAAAUAUAUAAUGAAGCAUUAGAUCACAUAAUAGAAUUAAUGGUUGAUCCUUUUGGAAAUUAUUUGUGUCAGAAAUUAAUGGAGGUAUGCACACCUGAACAGAUAGAAAAAAUUAUUGAUAAAUCGUCUGAUGAAUUAAUUAAUGCAUCUAUAAGUGUUCAUGGUACGAGAACAGUUCAAAAAUUAAUAGAAAUGAUUAAAACUCCAUCUCAAAUUAAAAAAACAACAAAAGCUUUAAAAAAUUCUAUAAUUACUCUAAUCAAAGAUAUUAAUGGUAAUCAUGUUGUGCAAAAAUGCCUUAUUACACUAACGAGCAAUCAAUGUGAUUUCAUUUAUGAAGCGAUUUUAAAUAAUUGUGUUGAAGUUUCUACACAUAGACAUGGUUGCUGUGUUAUUCAAAGGUGCAUUGAUUCAGCUAAUGAAGCUCAAAAAGAAUUAUUUAUAAAAAAUAUAUCCAAUAAUGCUCUUGAUUUAGUACAAGAUGCAUUUGGAAACUAUGUUGUUCAAUAUAUAUUAAAUUUAGGAAAUGAAAAAGUAAAUUUGGAAAUAGCCAAUAAAUUAUUACCUAAUAUAGAAAAAUUAGCAGUACAAAAAUUUUCUUCCAAUGUUGUAGAGAAAUGUUUAAUAAUUGGUAAUAAUAAUUGUAGAAAAAUUAUGAUAAAUGAAAUUUUAAAAAAAGGAAAAGAUGUCUUAAAAAACAUUAUUCUAGAUCCAUUUGGUAAUUAUGUUAUUCAAAGAGCGUUAUCUGUUGCAUCAGAACCAGAAUUAACAAAAUUGGUUGAAGGUAUUAAGCCUUAUAUAAAGGAAUUACGUAAUUUAUCGUCAGGAAAAAGGAUAGCUUGGAAACUAGCUAAAAAGCACCCUUUACUUAGUGCGGAUAUUAAUCACCAAUAUUUUACGAAUGGCAAUGUUUCGAAUACUUAUUCAUCUAACACUGAUGUAUCUAACAAUAAUUUAACAAAAAUAUCUUUGAAAAAUGAAGAUAAUUUAAAAAAUGGAAAAAAUAAAAGUUCUGAUUUGAAUACUUCAAAGAACUUUUCAAAUAAUUUUAAUAACCACACAAACAAUGUUAAAACACGUAAGAGAAAUACGCAGUCAAAUAAAGCUAUGCAAAACCCAAAUAAUUUGUGUAAUAUUCCUAAUGGAAACAAUAUAGAAAAAAAUACAAAUAAAAACAUUUUUAGUAAAAAUUUAUCAAAUAAUAAUAAAAAUGAUGUCUCUUCAAUAGAUAACAAAAAAUAUUAUAAAAAAAAUUAUAUAAAAGAUGAACAUUUAAACAGUUCAAAAAUAACUCAUAAAAUACAACAUAUAUGUGAUGAUGAAAUACCAAAGAGCAAUAAUCAUAUGAAUUCAGACGAAAACAUACACAAUAGUAACUAUUACAACAAUAACAAUAAUAAAAGUAAUAAUGAAUAUAAUACUUAUAAACCUUAUAAAUAUAAUAGUAAAAAUAACAAUUAUAUCAGUGAUAAAAGUAAUAAAAGUAGAGAUACUGAUGAUUUAAAUAAUAAUGAUAGCGUUAGAAAUGGUAAUAUACAUAAAAAAAAAGAUAAAACUGAUAAUUAUAUAAAUGAAAAGUAUAAUGAUAAUUUAGAUGAUGAAAUCUGUAGUAAUGAAAAUAAAAUAAAAAAAGAUAUUGAGUGUAAUAAUGAAAAAAGUAAUACCAUUUUAAAUAUUAAAAAUAAUAACAGAAACAAUAAUUUAAAUAAUAAAAAAAACGGAAAUAAUUGUAAAUAUAUUUAUAAUAAUAAUAGAAAAUUCUCACAUAAAAAAAUUGAAGAAAGCACCAAUAGUAAAAAUACGAAAUAUAUAGAUAAUAAGAAUAAUAAAAAUUAUAACAAUUCUAAUAAAAAUGAAUAUAAAAAUAAUCAAAGUAACCCAAUUAAUAGUGAUAACAAUUACAAUUUUAUUCAAAAUAAUAAUUAUAAUUCUUAUAAUGAAAAUUCUACUAACUUUUGUUCAUUAAAAAAUAAUAAUCAAGAAUUUAAUUCCAAUUUAUGUAACAAAAAGAACAACUUAAAAUCCUCCUACUCUUCAAAUAAUAAAAAUAAUAAAGAUAAUUAUGUUAAGAAAAACACUAAAAAUUUAAACAAAAAGUUCACUAGUGAAUUAUAUUCAACAUAG